AUGUUUCUGACAUUUUUGCAUUCUCUUUUUUUUUUCUUUUUUGUCAUAAUCCUUUUUCUUCAUAAUCUACGUCGUUUUCCGUCUUCUUUUCUUUAUUUUUUCUCUUUGUCUUCAUCGCCUUUUCUUUCAAUGUCUUCUCAUAUUUCUUCGUCUGCAUUUUCUCUUUUUAUUCGUCUACAUUGCCGUCUUCUCUUUCUUCCCCCUUUUCUACUUCUUCCUCGAUUACAGUGUCUUUUUUCAUCUUCGUUUUCAUCCAUUUUCUACUUGAAUCUACGCUGUUUACUCUUUUCGUCAUCCUUUUCAUCGUCUUUUCCUUCGAAUAAAUCUUCUUUUCUUACGUCGCCGUUCUUCUUUUCGACUUCACUAUCUUACUUCUUCUUCGUUGUCUUCUUCAUAUUAUUCAUCAUUGCCUUUUCUUCCUUGUCUACUCCUUUCUUUUUUCUUCAACGUUCUUCUUUUGUUUUCUUCUUCUUCUUCUUCUUCUUCUUCUUCUUCAUCAUCUUUUCUCUUCUCCGAUUAUAUUGUCAUUCUUUUUCUUCUUUUUCUUCAUUGCUGUCUUUUUCUACUUUUUUUUCUUCGUCGUUUUCAUAUCCUCAGUUUUCCUUCUUCGUUCUCUUCUCCACCUCCUCCUCUUCUUUCUCCUUCUUAAUCAUCACUCCGCAUUAUUAUUGCUAA